AUAAAACCAAAAAUGAUUCGUUUGGCAGUUGGAGUAAGCAUGCUAGUAGCCGCAGUUAUGGCUCGUCCAAGUUUAAACCAUGGAGGACUUUCAAGUUUACCAUUAUCUCUAAGUUUACCACCAGCAAGUUUAUCUGCAUCAAGUAUAUCAGCAAGUCCAAUCAUUACAUCGGGACCUGUAAUUAACUCAAUCCCUUCAAUAUCCGCACCUAUUAUAGACCCACUUCCAUUAUCCAGUGCUCCAAUAAUAGACCCACUUUCAUUAUCAGCUGCACAUCAUCUUUCGUUAUCAGAUGCUUCACUUAUCGAUCAACUUUCGUUAGCAAGUGCUUCCAUCAUUGAUCCUCACCCAUUGUCAUCUCAUUCAAUAAUUGAUCCCUUGUCAACCGCUCAAAUUAAUCUCAAUACAAUUCCUUUAUCACAUGCUCCACUUAAUCUGAAUUCAAUAUCUUUGGCAUCUGCUCCAGUUAUUGAACCUGCAAUUUCAUUGUCUUCAGCACCAAUUAUUCAAUCUGCACCUUUACAUGUAUCAAACAUAAGAGUAUCAGCUCCAGUUUCAAACUGGUAG